CAUCUCUCGGGUUAAUAGCGCAAUUCUUUGCAAAAAACAUUUUUUCGUGUUUCAGCUUGAAAAUAUUAUACAGAUAAAAAUUAUUGCAUCUAUUGAAAUAAGUGGUAAUUCGAAGGCUAAAUUUAGUAUAUACGCCGCGUGCGGAAAAACUUUCCAGCCCAAGUCUAAAAUGGUUUAUAUUAAUAUGAAAAGUAUAUACUGCGUUUCAUUACUCACAGCUUCACUAUUGUUUUUCACAGUUUCACAGAUAUAAAGUUUUCCCAAUCAUAAAAGCAUAAAAAAGCGAGUAUUUAUUUGAACUCCAAACAAUAAUACCAGAAUGUUGAGAAAAGCUUUUGCAUACAAUUAAUACACAGAAAAAUAUUCGAAUUUCAAAUAAAAUUAUUUAGUAUUAUUUACAAGCCAGCACAACUUUUUGAUUUAAUUGCUGGAAGGCGUUUUAUUUUCCACACCUUUAUUACUAUUACACAUCUUGUAAAGACUUCGAGUGGGCAGUGAAAUUAAAUCGUAUGGGUCUGAAUUUGCUUGGAAUAUGGCCUAAUCCAAAAGAAAAUCCCAGAGAGAAAUUAAUGAGCAAUAUACGUGCGCUCUUUACAUUUCUGGUGAUGAUAACUGUAUUGGUGCCUUGUUUACAUUCAUUAAUUAAAGUUCAUUCUGAUGUCAUGCUAAUAAUAGAUAAUUUACAAAUUACUUUACCGAUACUUAGCACCGUUAUAAGGCUCCCAAUUUUUUGGUGGAAAAAAAAAGCAUUUACAUCGAUUAUAAACAUGAUCGUGGAGGACUGGCUAAAGUCAAAGAACAUUCAUGAAAGACAAACGAUGGUAAAAUGGGCGUUACGUGCACGUAUAUUUAUUACAUGCUCGUAUAUAAUGAUAGCAAUCGGACUAAUAACUCUUUUUGUCAUACCUAUUUUCGGAAAAUCAAUGACAUUGACACCGAAUAUCACUGAUUCUGGCAGGUCAUUGACCCUACCAACUUAUUACAUUUACGAUGUAACAAAGAGACCACAGUACGAAUUCACAAUUAUUAGUCAAUGGAUCUCUACCACCACGACAGGCAUUCUUUAUAUAGGAAUUGACAAUUUUUUUGGAUUAUUAGUUUUUCAUAUUUGUGGACAAUUGAGCAUCAUGAGGAAUCGUUUGAAACAUAGUCACGAAAAUUUUCGUGUUGUGUUGAGAGCUAAUGUGAUGUACCAUAUUCGAUUGCUUAGAGCUAUAAAUACUAUAGAAGAUACAUAUAACGUCAUUCUUUUAAUAUUAUUUCUGUAUUUUGGGAUAAUGUUUGUCUUCUGUGGAUUCCUACUAGUUACUCUGGUUGGAGAAGGAGAGACCAAUGUAUCAUUUACGCGUCUGUCAAUUCCUUUCAUGAUUAUCAUGUCUAUAUUCAUACAUAUGGGUAUUUAUUGCGCUGUUAAUGAAACGUUAAUGGCAGAAUGCAAUAAAAUUUAUCAUGAGGUGUACGAGUGUGAAUGGUAUUCCCUCGAUCCAAAAGAAGCAAAGGACUUAAUCCCAUUUAUGAUUAAAGUUAGUGAUCCUGUUUAUUUCACUGCUGGUAAAAUAUUUCCUGUAACAAUGGCUAUGCUUUGCAAUGUAAGAUAUUACAAAUAUUAUUAUAGAAUAACUUUAAUCUCACACAUAUUUGUAUCUGGUUUAAGGUAUUAUAAUUAUAAUAUUUAAACUUUCUCAUAUUAUGCAUUACUAAUUUAUGAGGAACUGUAUUAUAGAGUAGAAUAAAUUUAGUCCCAAUUUUAUUAAAUAAUGUAAAGAGAGAAUAAAUUAUUUUUUAUUGAAAGCGGGUAAAAGCUCAACAUAUAUACCCUGUUUUAUAAAAUAAUCUGUCUAUUUGCAGUGUUAACAUAUAUUCGAAACUUAAUAUUUAGUACAUCUCUUAUUAAUAAUUGAUACAUCCGUCAUAACAAUUUUAAACCCGUUUUUACUUAUGCGGUGAUCUUAUACAUGCUUUAUAUUCUAAAUCAUUUAAUUGUUUUAGUUGAUAAAGACAUCGGCUGGUUAUGUAUCCGUUUUACUUACGGCACGGAAGAACUAAAAAUUUAGAUAGAAUUAAAUUGCUUUUAGCUUUUCCUAGAAUCACUAGAAUAAUUAAAAAAGCUGUAAGUAUUUUAUUAUACAUUAGCUUAUUAUUAAUAUUUAUCGCAUACUAUCUUUCGAAAUCUUAAAUUUUCAGUAAAUUUUGUUAUGCUUAAAAUUCGAACAAAAGUCAAUUACAUUAUUAAAUGGUAUAUACUAAUGGUUUGUGACAUUUAUUUGAUAUGUUCACAGUGGACUUGCAUUGCUAUGCUUUUAGAAAUUUAGAAUAGAAAUAUGAAAUAAAUAAAUUGUUAAAACGUAAUUCUUUGAUCAAAUAAUAUUACAUAAUAUUACAUAAUAAUAUUACAUAAGGAAACUUAACUUAAUGUUAACGUACCCAUUACAUUAGAAUAUAAUAAAACUAUUCUGCUGUUAUACUUUA